AUGUCUUUACGCAAAAAAAUUAAUCAAUGUGGAAGUAAAAAAGCAAAAUUUCAAAUUGGAAUUUGUAUUUUUCCUACUCUUCCACCUGAAAUGUUUAUAAAUAUAUGUCAAUACUUACCACCAAAAGAUUUACUUUCAUUAGCUCAAGUUUGUAAAUUAUUCAAUGGUUAUUUAUGUUUUGAAUCUUCAACUACUACUCAAGAAAUUUGGAGAACUUCUAGAUGUGAAUUCUUACCUUUUUUACAAAUGCCUCCACCUGAAGGUAUGACUGAACGUCAAUAUGUUAAACUUGUAUUAGAAAGAGGUUGUCAAUUUUGUAAAAAACCAAAAAUUCGUAAAGUCUAUUUUGAAUUUUUGGUAAGAUGUUGUGAAGAUUGUUUAAAAUCAAAAACUAUAAGAAGAGAUCAAAUUGAAGAAAUUAUGCCAGAACUUUCUAAUCUAGAUGAUAUAAUCUCUGGUUUACCAUUCAUACCUUCAUGGUCUAGACGUGAUUGGGAUAAUGAUACUGAUAAAAAUCCAUCAAGUCUUUAUUGGAAAUCUGAUGUUAUUGAAACAUUAAAAGAAUAUAUUUCUAUUCCUGAAAAUCCAUCAUCAUUUCGAGAAGAUUGGUUAAAUCAGAAACAAAAAGAAGGUGAUGAAAAAAUGAAAGACAUUAUUGAACGUAAAAGAGAAAAUAACAAAGGAUUAAGGGAAAAAAAUAUGAAAAAUUCUCAAAAGAAAUUUGAACGUUCCAAUCUAAUUAAAACAAAAAUUUUAUUAAUGAAGGAUGAAAAAAAUGAAAAUAAUUGUUUGAAAUUUGACAAGGAUAUACUUGAAGAUUGUCAAACUUAUAAAAAUUACAUGUUUAUGUUCCAACGAUCUGCUCUUCCAUUUACUGAACGUGCUUGGUUACUUUUAAAAAAUAAAUUAUUAAAAGAGUACGAAGAUUCUUAUGAACGUAAAAGACAACGUCGUAGAGAAAGGGAAAGAUCUUGGUCUAGAGAAACUGUUUUUCAAAUGAGGCAAUAUGAUAUUUAUCUUUUAGCAAAAACUUGGCUACCCGAAUCUGUAAAAUCAUCCAAAUCAGUAGAUUCUUCUGAAUUACUCACAUCAUCUGAUAUCGAAGUUCUCAACACAUCUGAUAUAUCUAGCACAUCUAGUACAUCGAACGCAUCUAAUGCAUCUAACACACCUACCGUAUCUAACACGUCUAAUGCAUCUAAUACAUCUUCAUAUUCUGCAAGUUCAGUGGUCACCUUUGUGGAGGAGCCGGAUUCAAUUUCAGAUGUUACUGAAAAUUCUGUUACUGUUUCUAAUGUUCCUAGUGUUCCUAGUGUUCCUAGUGUUCCUAAUCUAGUCUCUGAAAAUUUCUCAAAUAUAGAUAUUUUACCCAUCUAUACGUCUAUUACGGAUUUUACAUAUGCCACAUCUGGCUUUUCUGAUUAUGUUUAUACAAACUCUUAUGAUCCUUCAUUUGUGCCUACGAACUCUUUUACUAUUUCUCAAAACUCUAUCAUUAACGAUAUAAAUGAUUCACAUUUUUCUACAAGCUCAUUAAAUUCUACUUUAAAUUCUUCAUUCAAUCUCGAAGAUUCUACUAAUAUGGAUCAAUUUUCAUUACUUUACAAAUAUCUUCCUUGGUGUCCCUCAUUUAAAAAUCCUCCUUUUCAUAAUAACGAUCCUUAUAAUUUAUGGGAUAAUGGAUUUUUACAAAAAACUUUAAUGCCAAGAAUUUGGAAUGAAGCUUUAAAUCUUAAAAAAACAUUUUCUUCUUUCUCAAGUAAUGAUUCAAUUACUUCUAACAAUUUAUCUGUUCAAAAAGCUGUUCUUUGUAAUAUGAAAUCAAAUAAUAUAUUUCAAUGUAAAUUAUGUAAACAACAUUUGUUCAAUUUUAAUUCUUGUUAUUCAUCUUUAUAUACAAAAACUUUUCUCUCUUAUUCUGAACCAGUUUCUUAUUUUCAUGUUAGACGGCAUUUAUAUAAUGAUCAUAAAAUAUUUCAUAUUUUGGACGAUCAAAUGAUUGAUGUCGUCUUUAAGGGUUUUAUUAAUCAUGGUUUUACUAGUACUGUCAAUACUUUUAUCCGUUUGGAUUGUGUUAAAAGUUUAAGUUCUGCUGGUUAUAAUUUUUGGUUAUUAGAUGGGAUUGUUAAUUUUUAA